GGGGCGGGGCCAGGGCCGGCCAUGGCGACGGGCGGCGGCGGAGCCGGGGCAGGUCCCGGUCCCGGUCCCGCUGCGAGCGGAGCCGGCGGCCGGCGGGGCCCGGGGCUGAUUUGGGAAAAGAAGAGGCUGAACAAAGGGACAGAUGUGGUGGAGAAAAGGGGUCCAUACAUCAUGAGCAAACCUCCCUCCAUUCAGGCCAAGCUCAAGAGGCAGCGGGAGCUGGCAAAGGCAGCGCUGCGAAGGCAGGGGCUGCUGGGGGCACCCACUGCCCCGAAACCAACUCCUAAAAGGACUGUGAAGUUCAACAAGGCCUACACGGCGCUCAGCCAGACACCUGAUGAAAACCUGGUCUCCCUCGACUCAGACAGUGACGGGGAGCCAGGAUCCAGGUGUUCCUCAGGAUACUCCUCCGCUGAGCAGGUGACCCAGGACCUGAGCCGGCAGCUGCUGCAGGACGGGUACCACCUCGACGAGGUCCCCGACGAUGAAGACCUGGAUCUCAUCCCCCCAAAACCUGCUGCCUCCUCUUCUUGCCCCUGUUGUUUCGGAGAAAAUCUCUCCUGCGUGAUCCAGUAACUGCACAAGAACAGGUCAAAAUCCAGCACUUUCUUUGUCCCGUGGGAUGGCUGCUGGGUGUGGGGGUCCCACGCCAGGACGGUGACACAAGGACUGAACCAUGCUGCUCACAAGUGACCCCAAAGACUUCUCCUUACACUCAGCAAUAUCAGGGGAGGUGGCACAGUGACAUUUUGGUGACCUGCAUGGGACCUGGCACUUGGCUGGGAUGGGAAGAGAGGACAGGCAGAGCCUGGCACCUCCACAGGGGUAUAAAGGGAAGGGUUUGGGAGUUUCUGGGGUUAGAGCUAAUGGCUUAUUCCCAUUCUCCUCAAUGCUGCUUUGAUGCAGGUGAGGCACAGCCCAGGCCCCCCAUCCCAGCUCCACACAGGGCUUGGAUUUGGGGGGCUGGAGAGCCUCCCUGCUGCAAACCAUAAACGCUGCCUUAAACCAUGGUCCUGCUCUAUGACAUAGAGGACAAUCAGCUUCUUAUACAGAAACCUUAUUUAAAUAUCUCACGUCAAGAGACGUGAACUGGUUGGGUGGGGGGCAUGUCUGCUUGUUUUUGUAUUUUACUUGUAAAAGGGAGCACUCAAUAAACUGGAUCUCAUGACUCA